AUGGCGCGCGCGAAAAAGCGCGCGCGGACGAUCGCGCGCGCGGCGCUCGUCGUCUCGACGGCGCUCGCGAUCGAGGGCGCGCGCGCGACGACGUUCACCGCGGACGGCCGCUCGUGCAAAUGGCCGCUGGAGCUCGCGGAGGACGUCUUCGUGAACGAGUGCGUGCCCUACGGACGAGACGGGGCGCUGUGGUGCGUGGCGGAGGAGGACGGAAAAUGGGGCGUGUGCGCGGACUUGGAUUUCGACGCGAGCGCGCGCGGGAAGGUUUCGAUGGAGGCCGCGGCGCGGGCGGCGACGACGCUGGCGCGCGAGGAAGAGCUAACGUACGAAGCGAGGCGACAGGCGAUGGAAGUGUUGGAAUCAACGUCGACGCUGAUGUUGAAGGCGUUGGCGCGCGAAAGCAUCGAAAUCGAGGGUAAGAUCGUAGAGAAUCCUGUCGUUGAAUUUCUAGCCAAACGUCAGAGAGAACGACCCGACAACUUCAACGCCGUGAACGACCCGACAACUUCAACGCCGGCGCCGGCGUCGACGACUUCCCCACCUUUACAACGGCCGCCGCCUUCGCCUCCGCCGCCUUCGCCACCGCCACUUUCGCCACCGCCACCGAAUCAACCGCGGUGCGUCGCGAGAACGGAUAUUCGAUGGGAGAGCCCGCAAGCAGACGGAUCUUCAGAGUUUGGCAUGGACAUUUACAUCGUGCUCGCAUCGGGUGAAAGCAUCAGCGGCGGGUGGAAGAUUUUGUUCAAGUUUGCGCGCGAUGGUGUUGUGUUAUACUCAAGUAGCGCGUACGGUGCGGACGCGCGCACGAUGUACGCGCCGGAGGACGGUCGCGUCUUCGAGUUGCGCGAUCGCGGAUACGACGCGUACAUCGCGUUGUACUCCACGAAGCGGAUCGGAUUCAAUGUGCGCACGCGCUCGGCGCAAUCCUUACGCUUGUCGACUCUCGCAGUGAACGGUGAGGAUUGCGAGAUUGUAUCCGAGUCUUCGAUUCGCGCGUGA